AUGAUAAAUGGACUUCUAUCAUUCCAGCAGGGUGAUAUGUUCAAUGAUUUGGUGGGUAAAUUGCCAUCAUCUGUUGAGAUUCUGACCAUGCAAUCUCAUGUAGGAAGUAUAAACACACCAUCAUUACCAUCAACGACUAGAGUACCGCCAUUAAACACCCCCAUAAAUGAACCAAGGAUGAAUACAACGCGUCCUAGGUCACCCAUAAGGCAAGAAAACACCAGACCAUUGAAUUCAAACGUCCUUUCCCAACAUAACACCAGCUUGAACCUUACGAGCGCUAGUAAUGUCCGUCCUACACAGAACAAAGACGUGGAGAGAAAACGUAAAGAGAACAUAGAACCCGUAUCGAAGCGACCUAAAGUGUCACAAUCGGCUAAAAUACCACAAUCAAGCAAAACAUCAAGCAAAACAUCACAGCCAAGUAAAACUUCCCAGAGCCCAUCGAACCAACAACCACACCCAACCAACUCAUCAGUAAUAUCGAACACCAAGGAAGAGAUCUAUAAGAAAUACAUCAAACUAUUGACUGAUAAGUCAAGUCUACUUACGCAAAGAUAUUUGGUAUUUGAAUCAUCCUCAAUAUCUUUAGAUGAUAAGAAUAAAUUCAUUAAUGGAGAGUUUACGCCCAAAUUUUCGGAUAUAGAACGCAAAUUACAAAAGUUAUCAAAAAUACUACCUAUAGAUUUAGACAUCGAUGUUAAUGUGGACAAUUUGACGGUUGUUAGUGAACAGGUAAGUGAGGUUAGUGAACAGGUAAGUGAACCGGUAAAUGAGGUUAGUGAACAGAUUAAUGAGGUUGAUGAUAUAAAUGAACCAAAAGCUAUCUCGAACGAUCCACCACCUGAAUUAGUUACCCGAACAAGUUCUUAUAAGGAAUUGGUGGAACCUGACCAUGACCCGUUUGAUGAAUUCGAUAAUGCCCCUAUUGUAACACCAGUGGAUUCUUUAGACAUUGAGAACCUCUCCAAAAAUGAUGAUGAUAUGGAUGAUAUACAAAUUACUCAAGUCAAUAAUGUUAUAGAAUUGAGUUCUGAAGAUGAAGAUACACCCAUACCUCCUGUUCCUACUCGGAGUCAUGUGGUGACUAAUGCUAGUCGUUCCAGACCUCCAAUAUUUAGUCAAGAAGAUGAAGAUGAUUUUGGUGAACAAGAAAUGGAUGGAUUGUUGACACCUACCCAAGAAAGAGAAGAGAACGAAGAUACCGACUUGAGUGGGUUCAUUCAUGAUGAAGAAGUACUGGAAGGAGACUUUACCUUUAAUUAUAACUCUGAUGUCGAAAGUAUUGAUGACAGUUUACCAAGACAACCAAUAUUUGGCGAGAAUGAAAGUGAUACCGAUGAUGAUUUGAUUGAUACGGGUUUAAUAGAUAAAAAUGAACUUGAAGAACUCAAGCUCAGUCAAGAUGUGGCAGAGAACUUGGGUAUUGACUAUGACGAAUUCAUGGGUACUCAGAUCAACGAUGAAAGAGAAAUCAAUCAUGAAGUCAUUGAAAUCAGUGAUUACGAAUAUGAUGAGUUUGAUCAAUUUGAUGAUGAUAGUUUAAUCAUCAAAUCUGAACCUAUAGAUGUGAAAGAAGAUGAUUUCGAAAUGUUCGAUGAUUACGAUAUCACCACCCUGAAGGAUAUCAUCUCUGAACACGUAAGAAACUAUGGAAACCCUACAUUGAUCAAGGAGAUCUAUCAACAACUUAAUAGAGUGUUUAAACUUCAGAAUUUCCGUUCAAAUCAAUUUGAAGCUGUGAUAAAUUUUCUUUUGGGUAAGGAUGUUUUUGUGUUAAUGCCAACAGGUGGAGGUAAAAGUUUAUGUUAUCAAUUGCCAGCUCUUGUUAAACCUGGUAUUUCUAUAGUGGUUUCACCUUUAAUCUCUUUGAUGCAAGAUCAAAUCAAUCAUUUAACAGACAAAGGAAUAAGUGCAGGGAUGAUCAGUUCUAAGAAUAAUGCCACCGAACGUAAAGAGAUGAUUGAUUUAUUCAGGAAUGGGAAAUUAAAAUUGGUUUAUUUAUCACCAGAAAUGAUAAAUCUGUCUGGACAAGUUCAAAAAAUCAUCAAAUCAUUGCACGAGAAGAAAGUUUUGACAUCGGUAAUUGUUGAUGAAGCCCAUUGUAUCUCUAGUUGGGGUCAUGAUUUUAGACCUGAUUAUAAAGGUAUGAAUUUUUUCAAGAAAUCGUAUCCUGAUAUUCCUAUUAUGGCAUUAACUGCUACUGCUAAUGAUAAGGUUAAACUUGAUAUCAUGCAUAAUUUGAAUAUGGAUAAUCCUAUCAUAUUGAAGCAGAGUUUCAACAGAAUCAAUCUUUACUAUGAAAUCAAGUGGAAAAAUAACAAUUACUUGGAAGAUGUGAAGAAUUUGGUAUUGAACACAUAUAGGGAUCAAACGGGGAUUAUUUAUUGUCAUUCGAAACAAAGUUGUGAACAAAUCAGUAGUAAAUUGAACUCAAUGGGUGCUAAUACGUCAUUUUAUCAUGCUGGAAUGAGUACUCAAGAUCGUCAACAAGUACAACAAGAUUGGCAACUGGAGAAAAUUAAAGUUAUUUGUGCCACCAUUGCGUUCGGUAUGGGUAUUGAUAAACCCAAUGUUAGAUUUGUCAUCCAUUCAUUUAUUCCUAGAAAUUUAGAAGGGUAUUAUCAGGAAACUGGUAGAGCAGGAAGAGAUGGAUUGAAAUCUACCUGUAUAAUGUUUUAUAGUUAUAAGGAUGCCAGAACUUUACAAUUGAUGAUUCAAAAAGAUACAGAACUAAAUGAUACUAUGAAGGAUCAACAUCUAACCAAAUUACGUCAAGUAAUUCAAUAUUGUGAAAAUAUUUACGAUUGUAGAAGAAAGCAAGUGUUACUUUAUUUUAAUGAAAACUUUAAUAAAGCCAAUUGUAACAAAACUUGUGAUAAUUGUUUAAAUGGUCAGAAAUUGAUUGAAAAAGAUGUAACUUCGGUAUCUAAAGAGAUCUUACAAUUGAUUUCAGAAAUUGAGAAUGAUAAAGUUACAUUAUUAUACUGUCAAGAUGUUUAUAAAGGAUUAAAUUAUGCUAAAAUCACUAAGAAUGGUCAUAAUGAAUUAAGAUUUCAUGGGAAUGGGAAGAAAAUUGAUAAAUUAGAGUUGGAAAGAAUUUUCUUUCAUUUGAUAAGUGAAGAUUGCUUAAUGGAAUAUUCUAUAAUUAAGAAUGGAUUUGCAUCUAAUUAUGUCAAAUUAGGAAAAAAUGCCAAUUUGGUAUUAAAACAGGGAAAGAAAGUAAUUAUUAAGUUUGCUACUGCACCAACAACUACAUCUAGUACCAAAGCAACAAACCCUAACGUAACUGUUGGAUUCGUAAGUGCUAAAACUAAUCAACCUUUUAAUAAUGAACACAUUAAAAAAUCCAUUAGAGAAUUACAAAUAGUUAGAGCUUCUAAAGGUAAAGAAUUGAAUUAUAAAGAUGAUAAAAAUAUUAUGGGAGAUGAAACAUUAAUCAAUAUCGCCAGAAUUUUACCUACAAAUCAAAAUGGAUUUAUUCAAUGUGGGGGAGAGAAAGAUUAUUGGAUUUAUUUCAAAAGUAAAAUCUUACAAUUGACUAAAGAAAGAACUAAACCGGGGCCAACAAUCAAUAAACCAAAAUACUCAAAUCCUAAAAAGACAAAAGGUCAUAGUCAAAGAGUUCAAAAAUCACAAAGUAGUAAAUCUUUUAAAUCUCCAGCAAUGCCAUUAUAA